CAGAUGAGUGGACUUAAAAAAAUUACGAAUCGUAGUUUAAAAACAUUUUUAAUUUUAUUUCGAAUAGCUUGAAAAAUUUUGGAAUAAAAGUGAAAAUAAAUUCAGUUAUAAGUGACGUCUCAUAAAACAAUGCCUUCGGGCCGCAAAAGGUGGAAUCUCCAUGAUGGACCACAAGGCUCUUUAAGGAGGUUGCGCAACCAGCUUGCUGAAGAUGGGUGUGCUGAGUCUCAAGUGGUUCUCGCAAAACAACUAUUAGAAGAAAAAUGUGAACUGGAGGCUGAUAAGAUAUCGAAUUUCAAACAGGCAUUGGAAUGGCUUAUUUGUGCUACUGAGCAAGCUCAUCCUGAAGCUAGAAGAAUGCUCCGAAGGUGUAUAAGAAGUGGCGUGAUAGACGAAGACAGCGCUCCGAUAGUGAGAGCAAAAUCGUGCUUAGCGGCCAGCCGUCAAGAGACAGUGGCAAGGAAAGCGGCCAGGGAUCUAUUCGCAAGUCUGUCUAACGGGGAACAGUACAUAACAACCGCGCAACUGGAGCGACGCAUUCGCGAGAUAUGUUCGACGACUCUAAGAAAGGACCCCGAUGAUGACGCGCUUGAUGAUGAUUCACAAGAUGAAGCUAGAGCAUUAGAUGGAGAACAAGCCUUAGAACCGUCUCAGCUUCAAGCCGGUGACCACAUACAUACGAAUGGCACUAUUCGGACACAUGACGUUGAGGAUGAUUAUCCAGACAGUUACAGUCAAAAUGAAGAAAUUCGAAAUUUAACAGUAGACAACUUAGUUACCGCUGCAGUAGAUUAUUGUCAGGGCGAAUUGCCUCUAGUCAGCUACGAAUUGACCCUAACAGACCCUAGCAUUAAAUCCUUAGAUCAUAUCCCAAUUUUACACCAGGCAUUCCUACAUCCACUAGUUUUUAUAAAAGUUCUUUAUCUUAAAUUAUUGUAUUAUUUCGGGUCGUUUUCCUUCAGACUUUCAAAUAUCGAACUCUCCCUGCUUCUGAUAGCGUAUCUGUCAGUCAGUACAGAUAGUUUGUAUCAUUUAGUGCCAUUAGUUUUCUACUACGUCAGUAUUAUCGCAAUGGUGAUAUGUACAUUCAAAAUGUUGCUCGCUAAGCGUCAAUUUAUCGAUUUCAGGAAGUGGUCCGGUCUGUUUCUGAGAUAUAGUGAUGGGAAUUUACAGCCAGACGAGUCGGAGAAUUUGUUUGUACGAAAUAAUCUCGGUCCCUUUAUCCAGUUCUUUUUAGCAUUAUUCGUUAAUUUGUUCCUGUAUCCAUUCAUUGCUACGCAAUGGGUUCCGUUUUCUGAAUUCUGCGUUCUAUCAUUCUGUCUAAUGUUCUUGACGUUAUUCUCUUUUGACACAAAUGGUAGUCCAUACCCAGAUAUAUUGGCACUCGUUUCCUUUGGUAUCAACGUGCUCGCAAAGUAUCCUUACGAGAAAGACACGGUAGUUCAUCAGGGCUGGCGUUUUCUGGAUUUACACAUAUCGAAUUAUCCAUCUUAUAUACUCGGUAAUAGUAUCGAAUUUUGCUUGAAUGCACGUGUCUUCUUCUCCCUUCUAAUUCCGUGCAUCUUGGUGCUGAUGACUAGGAGAUGUAAUUGGCAAGGUUUUCUAAAGUAUACCUUACCUCAUUGCGUUACGCUUAGCUGGUUACAAAUGUUCAUAACCUGCUCCCAUGGUUGUACAACCUACGGGUUGAUAAGAGGCACUUUGGCGUUGGUAUGUUCGUUUCUUUUUUUGCCUUUAAUGGGUAUAAUUACUGUGACACUGCCGAUCUUUGCGUUUCUCCAAUAUGUCACGAUGUCAAAGUUGUUUUACACUCUGACGGUUAUGACUGGACUGACAAUCGGUUUGUGUGUAACAUGCCUUUUGGCGAAGUCGGAGGCUACCAAAAAAUUCGUCACACCAUUUCAGCUCGCAGUUGGUCUAAUAACAUUAAUUUACAUUGGUAAUCAGUUCUUGAUACGAGUCCAGGAUGACGGUUUACCUUCCAGCCUUAUAGAAAUAAUAGGCGACGAAAAAUCAAGCAUAAAGAACUUAUUGAAAAAUGAAUUCAUAACGGAAUACGAAGUAAAUACUUAUCACAUAAAUUGGGACGAUUAUUACAACCAAUGUAACACGCCAUCUUGGUCGGAUUACAAUAUGGCGUCCACUCAAAUUAAAUGUUCGAUUCUCGAAGGUGCCAACAUAAAUUGGGAGGGUUAUGUUAAAGAUGUCAAAAUAAAGAGCGUCACAAAUCAAUGGAGUUCCUUCGCGUCAUGGUUGCCUGGUAUUUUGGCGGAGUAUUUCAAAUGUUACUACGGUGAGGAAUUUUCGUCUUUAUGUCAAAGCGAAGAUGGCGUCAUUGUGGAUGACUGCGAGUUCGUAACGAGCGUCGCACGGCAAAGUGGGAAGAGCUGUCACUUGAACAACUUGAAUGAAUAUAAUUAUGAAGUUACGGUCAACAUGGAAGCCAAUGGGGGACUGUUGAAGCGUCACACGGAAAUAACACUGGCAUUAGAUCAUUUCUUCACAAAUUUUACUCGGUUAUUGCGUUCAGAUGACAAAAUUCGAUUCAAGGGCGUCUUGUCAAACGAUCCCGGCUCUUAUAACAUAGGGAAUAAGGACUUAAAUGUAAAAGGUUAUGAAAUUAAUUGCGUAGAAUGUAAAGUCGCGAGGGGUACCAUUAGUUCGAGGAGUCAUUCGUCGUCGAAAUUGUCAGACCUUUGUCGGACUAUUGUUAACGAUUGUAUCGUUUCAGCGAAAUACAUAUUAAAUUUUUUAUUGAAUCCUGUAAUUGUUUUUAAAUAAAUUUUCAUUUCCGAUGCCAUAUUUUGUUAACUUAUUUGUAAUUUUUGAUGACAGUUUGUGAUUCAGGACUUCCUAAUUAGUGGGAUGUGCUUCCUUAUACGACUAAGGAUAGUAAUGUGAGAUUAAGGUCUGCCCAUAGUGUUUGGAUGUUUGUGAAAGUCUAUUUAAAUAUGUAAAUCUAAUAGCUUUUGACUAUUAUCAACAGUUACCCACAAAUCUUGGGCAUGAAAAUGUGUUUUUAUUAUCUUCGAUUUGAUGAUGAAAUUUUUGGAAAUUCCUGAUAAUAUUCCUAUAUCGAGUUUUAAAUCUUUAGAUAUAUUGAAAGCAGUAUUUUGUGUUUUGUUAUAUAGAUGUUAAUAAUAGUAUCGCUUGCAGUGUCUAUUAAAACCUAAAUAUUGAUAUAAAAGAAAAAAAAAUGUGUAUUUUCAAAUGUGAAUAUUUUUUGUACAAAUAAACGGGUACGUCAUCUUACAUUUCAUAGUUUAUCCAAUUUAAGAUAAUAUCUCUUUUCCUAAAUUAUUAAUGAUAUACAUAAUUAUUUUUUGACAGUGUAUACUCGUUUGUGUAUAAUAUUUUUUAAAUACAAAAAUAUUUUCGAGUAGAAAUAUAAAGAAAUGUCAAAUUUGAUGUUACUUAAUUUGGAUAAAUUUUGAUAUUUUCGAUAAAAAAAUAACCUAAGAAAAUUAUUUAAGAACAGGUUAUUUAAUGUUGAUAUUAAUUGGAUGAAGACUGUUUUAUCUGUAUUUUCGUGUGCGUUUCAAAAUUGAUUUGUGUGUUUUGUUGCAUUUAGUUUAAAACAUACUUUUUUGUACCUAAUUUACAUUAAGUUAUUAUGAAAAGCAUUAAAAACAAUGACAAAAAAUAUUUUGCUUACAUAGAGGUUUAAAUAAAUCCAUUAUAAAUGUUUCUGAUCUUUCCCAAUUUACUGAAGUUAAUCUGUAACUGACUUACUGUGUUUGAAUGUUUGCUACCAUGAAUGGUGAUAUGUUACAUUGUCGUCCAGUUUCUGAAACGAUGAUCAAAGUCACAUUUACUAAGCAAAUUACUGAAAUGUCAUUGGCCGCGUAUUACGUCAUCGGUUGCCAUCUACCAAUGACCAUUCAGAGAUAAUGUGGUUUUGAAACUGGAGGUGAGUUGUCUGCUUUACUUUUUUUUUUUGUAAAGAAAUUAUACAUUUGAUCUCCAAUCUCAAAUUCAUUGGAAACUUAUGUUCUCUUUGACGAACUAUAAUUUAAAUUGAAAUAAAAUUUGUAAUAUGAACAGUUUUAAGCUGUAUUUAAUAUCACUUUUAAUGUUUAGUCUAUUUGUAUAAAGGUUUCCUUUAACAAUUGCUUGUAAUAAUAUGUUAGAUGCUUUGUUAGAAACAGCCUUAUUUAUCUGCCGCUCCAAUAAACACCGCAUACACUUUUUAACAUAUUUUGUUCGUCGUUAGAAAACUUAUUAUUAAGAAAAUGAAUGUAUGUAUUUUAUGAAAUUAAAUUAUUAUAAAAUGUUAAUAAAUAACGCCUAGUGUGGAGGUGUGAUGUUUUAAAUGUGACAAUAUAGUUUAUUAACUUCCAAUGUAAUAAAAAAAA